AUGUCCACGCGUCAAGAGAAGGAAAUGCGUUUAAUGAUUUCAUACAACCCGAUAAUGUCUAGACCCCGACCUCAGUGGCAGUUGCAAGCGAUUGCUGCGCAGAAACGUGACAAUGAGUUAAGAAGAGCCGAAGAGUUGAGAAAAGUGGCCACUUACUUUGAGAAGAACACUAAUAAAACGAGACAUCAUGAAAACUGGACUACCGCUGAUUACUAUGAAAAGGCUAAGAAGGAAGCCGACUUAUUAAGUGCGAAAAAAAUACGAGCAUUACAACUAGAAGAAAGACGUAAGAAAUUGGAGUUAAUGUUGUUUCAAGAGAAUUUGCAAUAUCAACAGGAAAUAAAAGCAUUAGCUGCUCAGCCUAAAUUCUUCAAGAAUGGUUCCUAUUUAAAUAAAGUCUCCACAACAACUCUUCAAGAAAUAAAUCAAGGUAUAAUAGAAAAAGAGGAACAGCUCAGAAGACAAGAAGCCGAACUAAAGCUAUACCAUGCUUGGAGGCUGCGGCAACCAGAAUUGAGGGCAGCAUCCUCAUAUAUUGCUAACGGGAAAUUAAAAUCAGCUUGGUUUCAACAAAUUGUAGAAAAAGAAAUACAAAAGAAGAAAGAUGAAGAAGAGACUCGUAAGAUUCUGCAAGAAAGAGAUGAAGCUUUACAAAAGCAAAUUAAAAUUGAAGAAGAAAGACUCAGAGAUAAGGAACUACAAAUGAAGGAUCUUAGAAAUAGUCUCGAGGGACAAAUAGCAGAAUUGAGUGAGAAAGAGACGGCUGUCAAAAAGCUUCGUAAAAUGGAAGAGCGAGAGAGAAUGAUACUCGAAGAACUACAAUUCCUAUCGAAAGAAAGAGAAAGGGAACACAUGAAGCUCAUCUCAGAAAGGGACACAAAUAUUGUUAACAUGGGUUUGCACAAAUUUAAGUUGAAGAGGAAAGUCACUGCUGUUUUAAACGAAAUUAGUUUAGAUCUUAAAAUGUUAGAGAAAAUUAAAGAUGCUGUUGUGAAGGAUUACGAAGCUGAUAAAGAGAAACAUAGGUCCUACAAACGAAUCCUGGAUUCAGCGUUAGCAGAGUUAGAGCAGCACAGAGAGCGGGAGCGACUGAGACAGAAGAACAUUGAGUCUAUGUACGAUGGUGAAGCGAGGCAACUUAACGAGAAACAGGAUAAGAUAUGGGCAAAAGAACGCGAAGCUCGCAGCACGCUAAUGAACGAAGUUGUAGCGACUUUGAAGAGGCAAGUAGAAGAGAAGAUAGAGAUGAACAUAGAACAGCAGAGAGCCAAUGUGUUGGAGCGAGAGCAGAUAUUGGAACAGAUGGACAGCUUCCACCGCGAAGUGAGAAGUAACGAGAGAGAUAAUACGUUUAAGAGCUCGUCUGUUUCGACGAUAACUGCGCUUCAGUCGCAGUUGAAUAGUCUCAAAGUUCAGAAAGAAAAGUUGGAAGAAGUGGCUCAGAAAGAAGCGGAGUUACGAGAAGCCGCCUCCAACGAGAGAAGAUUGAGGCAAGAGAUCGCUCGGGCACAAAGAGAAGGAAAUACACAAGCGUGGGCUUAA